UUCAAGCAUCGCAGUAGACGAAGGCACCAACACAAACAUUUACAAGCUGUCAAAAAGUCGGUGAUGCCGCGUUGAAAACGUAUUUUCGGUGCUGGUGAAAUUGAAAACCGGAUUAAAAGCAGAUUUAGCUCUGUAAAAAUUGAUUUAAUUUGGAAAAAGGUAACUCGAUAUCGAUCGGAAUAGAAAACGAUUUUGCACUCCGAAGAUUCUGCCCUAAACAACAAUGGCGGCGAGGACGAGCAUAAUCGAUGAAAGUGCCGACGAUGGAGUUCCAGCCGAUUUCUGGAAUGAGGUUCUCGACAGCUUCGAGGUAAUGGACGAGUGGGCCGAGGGAAGUGAAGAAGCCAAGAAGGCUGCCGAAGAACGGGCCCGCAAGAAAAAGGAAGACGAUUUGGAAAAGGUGAGGAAGUUCAACGAGGCAUGGAACAUAGCUCCGGCUGCGGAAGAAGAAGCAGCUGCACCGACUCGAAUAGUUGUGGAAGCUAGUGGCGAAUCGUCUGCCGUUGUGGAAUCUACUACCCCGGCAAUGGAAACAACAGAUUCGGAUUCUAGGUCCAAAUCGCCAGACUGCGCCAUUAUUCCCGAAGAACGAGAAGUGAUUACGGUAGAGGAGGAUAACAUUCCGGUGGCGGAGAACUCCGUAGUUGUGAUUCCGGCGGACGGUUUACCGGAAGAUCCUAGGUUGAAGCGUAUUCAGGAGACGGUUCGAGUGCAGAGUCCAUCAAGCCCUACCCAGGACGGGAGGAACGCGUUUGUCGAAAGAGAGCUGGCCCCUUCGAAUAGGUACUUCCAAGACCGAGAUCGGGAGCGUGAGGAACAGAUUCGUAAGGAUCGCGAGGACUUUGAGCGGGCUAGAAGUCGUUUGAGAUCUCGAAGUCCCAGGAGGCACCAGUCGUCAAGGCGAUCCAUGUCCGACGAUGAGGAUGACAUUGGUCAGCCUUUCCCACGACGCAUGGAACGCAGCCGGUCCCGGUAUCGUUCCAGAAGUCACGGCAGGCAUUCCAGGAGUCCCCGCAGGGCUAAGAGCUCUCGGCGAUCGAGAUCACGCAGUCGCGACCGUGUCCGUAGUCGUCGUUCGACGCGAUCCCGAUCGAGAUCGCGUUCCCGACCUCGCCGCGAUCUAACCGACGAGUUGCGGGACAGGCUCAUGCAGUCCGGAAGCGGCAGUGGCAGCGGAACAGGAGAUAACAACGCUUCCGCGGCUAUGAUGAACCAAAUGACGGCCAUGAUGCAGAUGAUGAUGGACCCCACGAAGAUGAUGUCGAUGAAUCCCAUGAUGGCAAUGAUGAUGCAGAUGAACCCGAUGAUGGCCGCUGCUGCUGCGGCUGCCAUGCAGAAGACGGCCGAGGCGGCCAAAGAGACUCCGGUUGCGGAACAACAGGAUAAAAAGGACGACAUUACGGCGCAGCUAUUUUUGGACAGCAAGAUAAAUUUGUCAGACUUUCUGGCGACACGCUGCCCCAACGAGGGAAAGAAGUCGACGCGUGUCAAUCCUAGAGUUACUCAACGUAUUAAGGAAGCGAUUACAAUUUUGGACAAACAGGAGACCAAAGUCCAGACGGCCAAAUUUCUCUACGUUGCUCCCACGUAUCAUCAGGAUUUGAAGAAGUUGGACAACCGAUCGCCCUUGAUCUGGAACGACCAGAACGUGCUGUACUCGCUGACCAGCAAGUCCAAGGAUGUGGGCCUGUGCGAACCGUUCCGUAACGUUAACCACAAGAUGAAGCAAAUGAUCGAGCGCUUGGGCCUGGACGAGGGUAACAUUUCCCAGAGAAUAGCCCAACUAAAGAAGGAAAAAACGUCGACGCAAUCCGGCGCCGAUGUAGGAACGAUUCAGGCCAUUACGAUCGUUCCCGUUCGGGGUGGAGCCGCCUCCAAACGGGUCAUUGAGAGGUCCAUUCAAACGGAGGAGUUCAACUGCUUGGAUUGCGUCCAACGUCGUAGCAAGACGUAUGUUUCUGUGAACACCCAAACGGCCGUCCGGGCCCGCACAAUUGAAGUCAGCGUCCAAACGGACCGCGACCGGGACGUAGAACUGCACUCCAUGAACGAUCUGAACGCUAACCAGGUGAAAAUCCUCAACGAAAUUAUGCGUUACAUGAAGAAACGGCAGGUGUCCGGAAAUAUGUCCAACUUGAUGAACAAUCUAGAACGGGACGUUCCCGAACUCCGCAACCAGCAUCUGAACGCAGGAUUGCACUACGUUUCGGAAAUUCUGGAACAAAGCGAACGCAACGCUAACCGGUACGCCGGACCGAAUCCCAUGAACGCGAAGGCCCGCGAGAUGGCCUCGGUGAGAGGGCAGGGUGGCGCAGGUUCGCGAGAUCCACGGGCAAGAGGUUCCUUCAAGGAUGAUCACCACGGUGUAAACUUUGACGCGAUCAAUCAGCUGACGACUUCGAUCAUCCCGGCCGGGUUCCGACCCUCACCACCGCGCCGGACCAACAACAGCGGCAGUUUCAACAAACGGCGAGCAUGGUAAGCUUCAGGGCGGUAAUCUAUCUACCUUCAAGAGGUAAGCUUUUCAAUUUUAAUAUGUUUCCGAAUGCCUCUGCUAGUUAUUUCUAUCAAUAGUGAUUUGUGCAGAAGUUACUGUAACCAAUAUAAAUGUAAACCGUA